CUCGUCUCACUAUGUCCUCUCAACCUCUCCAACAGUACAAGCCUCAGGCUCGUCAGCUUCAAGAAUUGUUUCCAAAUUGGUCCAACGAUGACCUACUCUCCCUACUAGCAGAAACAAACGGCGACGUCGAAUUGGCUGCCACACGUAUCAGUGAUGGCAACGCUGAACAAUGGGGCUCUGUCUCGCGUAAAAAAGACCACCACCACAACACUCAUCACAAGAAACAUCCUUCCGCAAAUCCAAACAUCACCUCCCCUACUCCCAAGCAUGCUACACCAAACAACAACGAAACUCGUUCAGGAGCGAACACUCCUACACGCGGAGGCCGUGGUGGUGCUCGUGGCUCUCUCCGUGGUGGAAGAGGUGGAGGAAGGGGGGGUACCCCAAGGACUGGUACUCCGGUUAACAGGACUGCUACGCCUGUUAAUGGGCCGGUUGUGGCGCCCACUACACCCUCUACCUGGGCUGAUGCAUUGAAAGAGAAGGAGCCAGCGACUGCCGGUCCUUCCACCUCCACGGAGCCCGCCAAAAUUCAAGCCAAUGGUGCCCCUUCUCCUGCGCCUGUUCCUGCUCCUGUAGCAAAACCGGUUCCAGUUCAACCUCAGCCUCAACAACCACAACCCGUUGUUCUCGGUGCCGGGGGCAAACCUAAGUUGAGUUGGGCGCAGGUUGCACGUAAACCUGAAAAACUUGCUCCUGCUCCCAAACCUACCCCUCCCGCUGCCGGUCCUUCCACCCUUACUACCGCUCCCACAGCACCUUCCUCUACUGCUGCAGAUAAAGCAGCUUCCGAAUUACCCCCACCCACUUCUACCGCCGCACAACCCCCACCUGAGCUCGAGUCGGCACAAGGAUGGGAGGAUCCAACGACCGUGCAAGCGCCCACGUGGGAUGAUGAGCAGCCCACUUCUUCGGUUCCCCUAACGGAAACCAAGUCCGGAUCGACGUCAGAUGAGUGGGAGGUAGUGGAAACAGAUAAAGAGAAGGAGGAAGUGCCCGUGAAGGAGGAGGAAACAUCCCUUACCUUCCUCCCCGUGGAAGAAGUCAGGGAGGAACCUAAGGCUGCUGCACCGGUAGAGACAACUCCAGCGCCUGUCAUCGCUAAACCAACCACGCCCGCAAUUACACCUCAGAAGCCUCAGAGCCAACGAACAAAUUCGGCACGCAAGGCAGCUGAACAGGGCGGUGUUGUUGUUGCAGGUAUGAAAUGGGGAAUGGGUGGAUUGGGAAUGCAGUUUGGGUCUCUCAACAUUGGCGGUGGUGCUUCUGAACCUGAAGAGGCACCUGCGAAGGUGGUGGAAGAAUCAAAAGACGUGUCCAAGAAAGCCGAAGAACCCGCGACCUCAACACCUAGCUCAGUAACGCCUUCAACCACGAGUUCGUUGGUCCCGUCAUCAACCACGAGCUCGAUAUCACCGUCAACCAUCUCGACGUCCACGAGUAGCCCUCUGACGACAAGUGCGAGUACGCCAGCGCUUACCACAGCGUCUGCCGAACAGAGUCAGUGGCAGCCCCCGCAAACACAACAGCAACAGCAGCACCAAGAAACGAAUGGUAGUGGGUGGCAAGGGCUACUCCAGCAGGGAGAGCAGAAUUAUUACGACUACACUACCUCUACAUCGAAUUACCCUACUACUGCUAAAGAGGAGGUGGCGGCUGUUCACGCGAAACCUCCUUCCGUACCUGCACCUCAACAACAGCCCGAAGUUAAAUCUCAACCUCCGUCUCAACCUCCCCCCCCUCCUCAGCUUCAACAACCAUCUCAAUCCCUACCACCCUCAUCCCAACCCCAGACGCAAGCUCCUCAAUCUCAACAACAAGGGCAGCAGGAACUUCCCCCACAUCAGCAACAGCAGAUGUACCCUGUGGGUGUCUAUCCGGGAAAUGUGAAUGCGUAUUAUCAGACCUAUCCUGCGCCUGGUUAUGGAAAUCAGCAGCACCAGCAGUACGGACAGUGGGGAAUGUAUGGUGGUGCAAGCGGACACGGAGCAGGCGUUGCAGGUGUUUACGGGGGUGCCGGAGUUACGGGACACGGAGGGGGAGCGAUACCUCCGCAGCCUGCUGGGUUCGGAGGCGGCAGUGCUAGUCCCUACUCGACGGGAGGUGCAGGAAGUUACUCUGGCGGACAAGGCCAGUAUGGGAGUGGACACGGGUAUGGACAUCAUCAACAUCAACAGUUUAUGCAGAGUGGUGCGCCUCCACUUCCACCGCCACACACGAUGGGGAUGAGCAUGGGAGUUCAAGGGCAACAACAUUUAAGUCAUCUGGGGAUGGGCGGAGGGGGAAUGUAUAGAGGGAUGUACGGGCCUACGCAGACGCAGCAACAGGGUGGGCAACAGCAGCAGAGUGGACAACAACAGGGAGCACAGACCACAGGUCAGCAGAGUCAACAACAGCAAGCACAGGUGCAGCAGCAACAACAACCCCAGACUCCUGGUACGCCACAACAUCGGCAUCAACAGACUCAGCAGCACCAGCAGCAUCUCGGAGGGUACCAAGGUUUAUACGGGCAGAUGGGGCUUGGACAGAUGGGCUUGGGUAGUGCACAGGGGAUGGGUCUUGGUGUUGGUGUAGCAGGUGUGGGAGGUGUUAGUGGAGUGGGACCGAUGGGGAUGUACGAUCCCCAAGAUCCGUACGAAUAUUCAAAAUAUCCGCCGACGAAUAAUGCUGGAAAUGGUGUUGGAUCGACGGCCGGGGCCUCAAGUACGGCAAGUGUCACGAAUGCUGGCUUGCCUGCGUAUCUUGGGUUGAGUCAGGGACAAGGAGGUGUUGGAGGUACUGGAGGUGUUGGAGGGUUGGGAGGACUUGGAGUCUCCGUUGGACAGAGUGGACAAGGGACUCAGCGGGGAAGUCCGGAGACUUCGUAUAAGCCUUACGGCUCGAACAAGGCCGGAGACUUGGGUCAGAAUCAGGCUGGGCAAACGAGUGGUCAGAGAGGCACUGGAGCUCAGACAAGUGCUGGGCAAAGUGCUGGUGCGGGCUAUUAUGGAAGGUUUAAUCAUCAGCAACACCAGCAGCAUCAGCAUCAACAGGGAUUGGGACUCGGGGCUCAAGGGGGUGGUGUCAGCGGUGCUGGAACGGGUGUUGGUGGGCAGGGAAGUAAUGCAUAUGGGGACCAGCAAUAUUAUUACGGGAGGGGUGGGCAGUAUUGGCAAUGAAUGGUGUUUCUUAGGUGCUCGAUUUUUUCUCCUUUUUCUUCCUCGUCUUCUCGACUCAAGUCUCUGUUCUCUCUCAUCGCUUUCUGUUCCGUCUUCUUUCCUUUCUCGUGCAACAUUUACAUUAGUGACAAGUAUAUGCCGCAUACCACUCAUAAGCACUGCUCUGAUAUUCAUGAUCACAUACAUAUCCCACUACAUUUAAAUGUGUAUUGUACUUGUUUUCACGUUGUCAAUUUUCACUCCUGCUCGUCUGAAGAAACGGAAGUUGAAGACUUUCGGGCUGUUGGCGGUUGCAGCACGAACGACCAGGC